GAUACUGGUGCAUACAUAAGUGAGUUUUCCCCUUCCGAGUCGUCGUUUCGCUUGUUUUGUGUGGAUUUAUCGCAUAUUUUCGUGAAUUUAGAGUGCAUACUAUGUGUUAAUAACUGGCUGCGUCUUUGCCACAUCUGAAUGAGUAAAAGUGCGAGUCUGCAGACACAAUGGCACCACCGGUAAAGUCCAAGACGAAAUUCCGCCCAUCGAAGAUAACGACUCAGACGUUAUUGGAUUUCGAUUUGGAGGAAAGCUCUUCGGACAGCGAUUUCAGGAUCGAGGACCACGAUCAUGACGAGUCUGACGAUGACUUCUCGGACAAUUCGAAUGCAAAGGAUAGUGACAAGGACGACGACGAUGAUGAUGAUGACGAGUCGGAUUCAGACGAGGAGAGCAGUGAUGGGUUCUCUGAUUUCAAAGCAAGUUUGGUGGAAAACGGUGAGGGCCCGAAGAAAGGAAGCAGCACCAACAUCAAGAGUGUUCUGGAGGCAGCGAAGAAGAUCAAUAUUAAGGACACGCUUCCUACCAAUCCAAUAUGCUGUGCAUGCUUAGGCGAUCGUAGCGACGAUACUAAUGAAAUUGUUGAAUGUGAUGGUUGUGGAGUGUCCGUGCAUGAAGGAUGCUACGGUGUUAGCGACUCAACAAGUGUUUCUAGUACAGUUUCAUCCUGUUCGACAGAGCCUUGGUUUUGUGAAGCAUGCAAAGCCGGCAUCUCAGAGCCCACAUGCGAGUUGUGUCCAAAUACAGGCGGCAUAUUCAAAGAAACGGAUGUUGGCCGAUGGGCGCAUCUAAUUUGUGCACUAUAUGUUCCCGGCGUGGCAUUCGGAGAAGUGGAUCAACUUACAUCAGUUACUCUGUUUGAAAUGCCCUACAGUAAGUGGGGAGCAAAAACUUGCAGCCUUUGUGAAGAUGGGAAAUUCGCCAGGACUGGUGUCUGUAUAGGAUGCGAUGCUGGGAUGUGUAAAACUUACUUUCAUGUUACAUGUGCACAAGCUGCUGGCUUUCUGUCCGAAGCUCAUUCGGAAGAAGCCGAUCAUGCUGAUCCAUUCUAUGCUCAUUGCAAAGUGCAUUCGGACAAAACAAUGAUCAAACAUAGGAAACGCAACUUUAACACUCUCAAAUUGCGCAUGGAGCAGAAAAAGUUGGAGAAGGUAACAAAUAAAGAGGAAAAACCGACCGCCGAACAACUGCGAAUAACACGGAAGUUGACAAAACAUCAGAGCAAAUAUCGAUCAAAUAAAGUACUAAAAACUGAACCUUGGGUUCCAACACAGAAGAUGCCUCGUCUCCUGACGACAAGUGCGACAGCCUGCAAGCGAUUGAUGUUGAAGGCGGAACUUAUGGGCAUCGAUACAGCCGCAAUGGAAUUUCAAGAAGCGCAAAUGGCCGCGUUAGCAGAUGUACGGAAAAAAUGGCACAUUCCUCCAGCAUUCAGUGUUGAGUUCAUUGGCUACUACUUAGAUAGGAUAUCAAGGGUUAAAAAUUUGAAAAGUAGCCUAGAGAGAAACGUAGAAAUUAAUAAGAAAUUAAUUGAUGAACAACAAAGUUUACGUGAUGAAUAUGAUAAGGUGAUGAAAAUCCAUUCAGAAAAGACUGCAAAAAAUACUGCACUUAAAGAUCGUAUCGCUGAAUUGCACAAGCAAAUACUUGCAUUAUGCCCAACAAAAAUCCUUCCUGAAGUAUCGAAUAUUGGUCAACCGUCAGCAGUACAAAGUCCACAGCCUAAUACUCCAUCAGCUCGUCCCAUGUCCGUACCCACUGCCGCAGCAUUGAAAAUGGGAGUUGGUUUCCCACUCACUAAUUUGCCGGGCACAAAGGACGAUACGAGGAGAAUUCUAAGCACCCAACGAUCAGAGAACGAUGAACUUUUGCAUGAAUGCGGAAUCUGCAAACGCUGCAAUGACCAACACAUGUUGGCCAAGUGUGAUACCUGUCAUUUCUACUAUCAUUUAGGUUGUUUAAAUCCUCCAUUGACGAGACAUCCAAAAAAAUCGAAACUUUAUGGUUGGCAAUGUUCGGAAUGUGACAAGUCUGACGACUCAGACGCAGUUGUGGAUAUACCAAAAGGUCCGAGGAAAUCAAGGACGAGGUUUAGUAAAGAUGGAUCUAUAGUUCCGGUGGAUCCAAACUUAUCGGCUAGUAGCACGGAUGGAAACAAUUCCUUGCGAAUUGGAGACACAUCUAGUAACAUUAGAAAACAGACGGAAAGAAUACCUUCUAAAGGCAAACAAAUACAAACAAACGCAUCUUUCGAUCAAAAUUCUAAACCUAUAAAAGAUGUAGUGGAAUCCGCAAAGAAAUCAAAGCAAUCCAAUCAGUCAUUAAAUAAAACCGACCCAAGUGAAACAGUUGCACCAUCUCCUAAACGGGAAGAAACAGAAGACCAGGUAAAAGAAAACAAGGCAAAACCAGAUAGCGAUCGUUCGCAACUGCCAAAACCUGGUCGGAUCCAAUCUCCAAGGCCUGCGCAGAUCAAGUCUCCAAGAGCUGCUCGGAUUCAAUCUCCGAGGCCUACGGAUUCGCCUACAAAAUCGCUUUCUGAUAAGGGCCUCCCCCUACCUAACAGCACGGAUCCCAAGAAGGAAAUUAAACAAAAAUCAAGCAAAAAAGUCAAGAAAGACAAAUCUGAACAAUCUCGUUCAGAAACAUCGGAUCAAACAUUUCCUACAAUUGAAUCUUCACAGACCGAAUCAAAUGUAACAAAUGAACUUUCUACUGUGGCGCAAAAAUCUGAAUCGGCUGAUGAACCUAUGUCUCAAUGCCUAGAGCCAACAAAAGUCAACGACGAACAUAUGGAAAGUAUGGGCCUGAACGAAUCCGCUGAUCACAUUCAUAAGCUGAACAGGAAGCGGCGAAAAGAGAAACACAAAAAUAAAUAUUCAUCUGACAAUGAGAAGUCACCAACAAAGGAGCAUAAACGGAAACGGAAGAAGAAAAGUCACGAAAUGGAAAAUCCAAAUGAUUCAAUUCCAAAAAUUAAAAUUAAGUUCAAAACAUUGCCACUUCCUGGUGAGAUUGCCCCCGAGCCUCAGUGCUUCUACGUUUCAGCCGAUAUGGUUCGACCCCAAGAUACAUCACGGCCUACAUCUGUCGAAACCGUUGACGAUUCAACAACAAACGCCGACGAUGUAGUGCAAAACUUCUCCCCUCAAGAAGAAAAAAAUGUAUCCCUAGUGCCCGUUGUCAAGAAAACGCCAGUCCCAGCUGAAACAACAGCCGCCCCGUUGCAGGAGACAACGAAAACAAGUACACCUAUAGUGCCGAAAAUGGGCCGUUUGGCAAGUCCUCGGAAGUCAAAUAAACGUACUUCGAUGGGUAAUGGGGGAGGAGAUGCAAAAAGUUCAAUGGCUGCUGCCUCUAUUUGUGAUGUUUGUAAGGCAGAGGGAACUAAUCAAAAUCUUGUGAGAUGCGACGAGUGCCAGAAAAAUUAUCACUUUACAUGUUUGGAUCCACCCUUGAAGAAAACACCUAAAAAGCGGGGCUACUCCUGGCAUUGCGCUGAUUGUGAUCCAACGGACAUCGAAUCCGAGCUGACUGUGAAGUGAACACCUUAUACUGUCUCCAGACCUCUCCCCCUUUGGGCUAUAAUGCGCCAUUCGAGCGCAUUGAUAACUUGUACAUAAAACAGAUCAUUCUAUUCUCUCUGUUUAUAGAUUGAUAAUUUAAUUUUUUACUAAGUUGACUUACUAUUUUUUCUAUAUCUCAUAGAAGUAAAUUAUUUAUUUUAUAUUAAAAUAAGUUUUCUAAGGUUGAGUAAGUCGAGGUAGAUUUUUUAAAAACUGGAUUUGAAGCAAGAAUGGAAUGCUCAUUAUUGUAAAGCACUCUCAAUACAAUUGAAUUAUCUUUGUAACGAAAAAUAAAUAUUUGCUGCAGUAUUUUCACAAACGCAUCAUUACACAAUAAGGCAUUUUAUAACUUAAAGAAAUGAAUAUAAUUUGAUAAGAAAC